ACACAAUAUUUCAGCCUGCCGGAGUUUGACAUAUCGAUCCGGCGCGGCGACCUUCUCCGCUAUGUUUUCCGCUAGAUCUCCGGGAGCUUUCCCGCUCUAACGCGUACUGGGCUCUGAUGGCCGUGACGGAGUGACGAGGCUCAUCAGGAACGAUUGUGGCUACGUCAUCCGGCAUGUCUGCAUGUGACAACUUUGUGGAACACGCAUGGAAGCCAGGAACCUGCACCAACUGUUUUCUCUCCAAGGGACUCCACUCGCAUAGCGACUCCAGCGCGCAGAGCGUUGAACUGCUUCAGCAGAAGAUACGACGGGCGUCAGCACCGGAUGUACGCAGGACGGAGAAUGGGAAUCCCGUUUUCGGGCGGUCGCGAUCCGGAUCAACUCUACUGGCAAGGACUCCACAAGAUGCGAAGAAUAAGCCACGGAUACCACUGGAGGUGAAACAACACAAGAAAGCCACCAUCGGUAGCUUCAACAUGGAAGAAUUCAAAGGCCAGAGCAAGGUUAAAGUUGAAAGUGGGAAGAAGGAGGGUGACAGAGAUUUGGGUCACGAACUUGGCCGGAUGCAAAAGUUGUUGGAAAGAUUUGAAAACAGAAACGAAAGAGACAAAGAAACUAAUGUGGAGGAGGAAUGGCAGAGAGAGAUGGAGAAAUUUAUGGGAAGGAUCUCGGAAAAAAGUCAAAUAGCAGCAAAAUCGAUUCCUAGGAAAAGUGCUUUAAAAAAGAAAGAAGCAAAGAAGGCAAAGGUCAGUGUGCAGUUUGCACCAAAGGUUGUUGAGGUCAUAGGUCAGGAUGGUGGACUGUUUUCAUUUGAUGGGGCGUCAUCGGACGAGGAAUCUGAGGCUGACGAAUGUGAGGCUAUGGAUGAUUCAGACAUACCUGACCAGCAUGCAAGUGCAGCACUCAACCAAGGUAGCCAGAACGAAAUAACGGAGGACGACUUAGAAGAGGAACUAAACGACCUUAUCAAAACAGUAACACAGAUACAGGAAAACGGAAAGACUUCCAAGUUCUCACAACUCAGGGCCGACACAUUCUCCCCUGUUCCUUUCAUCAAGCAGAAGCUGUACAACACGGUCCCCCUCUGUCGUAGCACGCCUGCCCCACGGGCUGCCGUCGCCCCACUCUUCCACCAGAGCUCCGACACGGACCUGUUACGGAACGUGGCAUCAAACGUUGCACCAGUUAAACCGUUCUCCGUUCAGGGAGAGGUGAGGAAGGCAAGGACGAUGAGUGACAGCUCGGGAUCUGACGGUAUAUACGCCUUACCAUACAGAGCGCCGACAGGAAACACCCCGCCGAAGUCCCUCCCCCAGCCUCACUACUACCACGUACUGGACAAUUCCCACAGCAGCGAGGAGUCAGAACGGGAAACUCCCGCAGAAAAAGCUCACAAGGACGUGAAAGUAGAACUUUACCAGGUGAGUCUGAAGCCACAGCCGAACUUCACCAUGCCUUACAGAGUCGUGGACCUAGAUCCUCCAGCUAUGGUCAAGCCAUACACAAUUAUCGACAUCGCAACCAACCCACCGAAUGAGUACCCUGAUCCCUCUAUAGUUAGAAAGGGAACAGAGCCGUACUAUCAUGAGCUGUGGAAUGCAGGCAGUUCACCAAGCGGAUCAGAAAAGUCCUCCCCAUCCACCUCAGGUGGUACAGCCCAAGUCAAGGUUGACACCCCUUCACCAGUGAAUGGUAUGGCCUCGAACAAGGAGGGAGAAGAUGUGAAGACUAACGCAGGGAUGCCUCCGUUUCCUAGGAUUCUGAAAGACGAAGUAGGAAGUCCUAAGUCGCCGCACAAGGUGCCAAUUCUCAUAGACCCAAUGGCAUAUGACAACCUUGUAGGCUACAAAGGUUUAUUGCACAAAUGUAGCCCACCUAAUAAUCUAAAGGAAGGGGAGGAUGGUGGGGAAGGUGUGGAAAUUAGACCACCAAAAGUGUCAAAUCUACAUGCCAACAAGAAAGGACCAAACCAACAAGAAAGGGGGGAGCCCAGCCCAGUUUUAAGUACAUUCAAACCUGACUUUGAGAGAAGUUCACCAGAGGGGGCAGCGAAGAAAAGAGCACCCCCUCCUCCACCCCUCACUGGCGUGGUCCCCUCCGCACCUCCAAAGGAAAUGGCGUCACACGACUACCCCCCUUCGCCAAGUAGAACAUCCCACUCCCCAUCCCCUAAGCGGAAAGGCCGGCCCGCAGCUCCGCCUAGUAUCCAGGAGAUGGUGUCUUUCAUCCCCCCUCCUCAAACCGACGGAGCAGGCAACAGUUUCCUUUACUCUGGGAUAAACAGCAGUGCAAAGAGUAAAAGUAAAACACUACCCGCUACAUCGCCUUCAAAGGAUGGCAAAUCCUCACCUCUGGGUCUCAAGAGUAUGUCCCCUACUUCUCCAACUUCUCCUACUACUAGCGAAAUUUUGUCCAAGUGGUCUCCAGUCGGGGAACACAAGUCUAAGAAGUCUCGAGGCUUUCUGAAGAAACUCUUGGGUCGAAACAAGGGGGAGUUGAGCUUUGUUGAUGACUCGAACGAAGUUCCAGGGGACGAUGUUGUGUUGGUGAACCAGAACUUAUUUGGCGGGAUCAGAAGUUCUGAGUCUUCCGACACUUUAGACAGCAUUGCUUCCUCAAGGAAGAAGUCAGGUUCAAGUUCCGAUGCCAGUAGUUCCGAACCCUCUCCGGGAAUCCGUCGCAGAAUGCAAGCCUUCCAAAACAACGGCAAAGAUGUGCCAAUCCAGAAAGUGUUAGAGAAACCUAAAACACCUCCACCGCAGCGCAGUAUCGCCACGCAGAUCUACCAGAAGCCGUACCACAGUAGCGGGUCUUCCAGCGAGAAGGACAGUACUCUAGAGAGGCCAUUGCGACAGACGCGACCUUCCACGAAGAAAACGGCGGCACCACCACCACCCAGGCCUCGGAGGGACAAAACCCCCACCAGGCAAGCCACAAGACCGCCAACUCAAGGAGGGGAUCCCUCCCCAGCGAAGGUAAACAACUCUACCAUAGACGAUAAACGCCCGCCACGACCAGCGAGACCUCCAGCAUGGCCGGCCAGUCCACCAAGACGGUCUGUAAGCGCCGACCGACUUAGGAAGUUAUCAGACAGUGCAGGAGAGGCAGAGUAUGGCAACACUGGUUUUGCCAGGGCAGAUCUGGAGACUCCAGCAAAGCCAACACGACCUUCCCUACCCCCUGCUCUGUCCAGAACCCCAUCCCCCUCCACCAAACCAACCCCCUCCACCAAACCAACCCCCUCCACCCCUGGCCUGCGUUCAGUCCUCAAGUCACCACAGACCAAACGGAAGCAGCUUCGUCCCUCUGAUCAAAGUAAAGAUUCUCCUCCAAGGAGACCAGUCCGAGUGGUGUCCCCAACUAAGGAGAAAGCAGCUUUCUUCCUAGACAACCAGGGUCCUCCACACUCUUAUGUGAAUGUAGAGCUCGGCACAGUCCCAAAUGGAAGCCUCAGUGACACUGAAGCUCAAACGUCACCAACUCAUCGUAAACCCAAACCCAAGCCGAGGCCCCAUACUCCAACAAAGGACAUGCCUGAUAGCUCAUACUACACACAGCUGACAGCAAUGAACAAGAAGACUUUAGAGGCUGUUACGGAGAAGUGGAAGAGGGGGUGGUGUUCACCAGUGGAAGAGCUGAAGCAGGUUAAAGCGGAUGAUAUUGUGCUGAUUGAGGCUGUUCCAGACUGUGGCGCUGAACACUCUGUGAUCUACAGAGCUAAAGUAAAAACACUGCCUGGCAAGGACAUAUCAGUUAAGGUUUGCACGGAUUCACAAGGCAGAGCCUUGUUCCAGAAGGAGGUUCACAUUCUACAGUCACGCCCACCCCACCCCAACAUCUACUCCCCAGCUAAGCUGAUUCAAACCCAACUGCCAAGACCAUCCCACCAAUCACAGCAAGCCUUACAACAGCAGAGUAACCAAUCAGGGAACAUGUUAGAUAGCGAGUUAGCGGUAUAUACCCAAGUGCCUACGGACACUCUUGCCAACUAUGUGAAGGAAUCAAAACGACUGCAUGAGAAAGACCCGGAGGUUUACGAGAAGGAAGUUUCCCUUUUGCUGCUACAACUUCUGAAAGGCUUGGAGUACCUGAAGAACAAUAAUAUUUCUCAUUAUGAUCUAAGACUGGAAAAUAUCCUCCUUGCAGUGGACAGUGACAAAGAAGACAGCCCGCAACUUUUGAUUUCAAAUUUCAGCCAUGCGAAACUGAGAAGUGACGACUCACGAUCAUCAGCGGACAUUGAGCGUCUCGCCCCUGAAGUGGUACAGGCCAUACGGAAUGCGUCCGAUCUUCCAUAUGGCAAAUGCGACGAAUUCGCUGCCGGAAUUCUCAUCUACGAGUUACUCCACAUGUCCAACCCCUUCCGGAAUCCAAGCCUUAUACAGGACGGCUACAACACUAAGGACCUACCGGAAAUUCCCAGGAAAUCUGUUUAUUCUGAAGGGUUGAAAAGUCUUGCUCACUCCCUGCUGCAACCAAAGCCAAAGGAUAGAAUCACGUCAACCCAAGCUGUGGAGAGUCUUCAGUGCCUGUUCUGGGGCCCACCAGCGGACAUGUUAGACUCAGUGGAGGGAUCCACUUACCAGGAACAUGUAUAUAAGUGGUUGGAAGUUGAACAGGGGAAGAUGGUCAACACUAUUGUGGAGAAGUGUGUAGGGAACUCUGGGGGUCUGAGUUUAACGGACGGCAUGCAGUGUGAGUUUCUCUCUCAACUGAGUGUGGAGAAACUCAGUACGGCCAUGAAGCUAGUGAAACUAGGAGUUGGAUCAAAGUAAACAGUGGUGCUAGAGUGUUAUAUUAUGUCAGACUAUACAAAACUGGUGGUCUAAAUGUAAUCACACUCAUAAACAGUUCAAACUCUACACCUUUACUUCUAUGUGCCAAUUGAGUUACAUUUCAAACCUCCUUAUAGUAAUGUCAAUGCAUUCUUAAGAGGUGUUGAUGCCAAUGUUAUCCUUGUUUUGUGAUCAGUAUUUUGAUUGGAAAGUUAGUAACUUGUAGCAGUUUCUCUAACAAAAUGAUGGAAAACGAAAUGGAAAAGUUUUUGAUGAAGUGGGCAUUUAGAGAGAGUCAUUAUUUUAAAUUAAAGUAUCUUUUCAAGGAACAAGUUAUCAAAAAAUCAGUGGAUGUCAGAAUAUUAUAAGGAGUGAAUAGAAGUAGAAAUUAAACACAGUAGAAAUUUACACAUUUACAUUUUCAUGAUAACAUUGUGUGUAUAAUUCACUGAUCAGUGUCUAAGGUAUUUGAGAUUUUUCAUGCUGCUUCUUAUAUAAUACAAAACAUUGACAGUUGUACAAUCUUUUAUGCUACUAAAAAUGUGAUUGGGUUCGUUUUUUUUUCAAGUUAAACAUAUGGAAACAAUUUCGAAAUGAUGAUUUUAUCAUCAAAGGUAAUUUUUUUAUUAUUACCUUGAAAUGUCUUUUGAGUAAUUCAGUAUUUCGUCUAACAGUGUACAUAGUGUAAACUGCAACAUCAAUGUGCUUUAUUUAUUAUGGAUAUUGUCAAUGGUAUAGCUGCUCCCCCUAUGAAUUCGUUAUGAUAGUGCAGUAACAAUGCACUAAUGAUUGUUACUUGUACAUGUAUGUACACACAAUUGUUGUACAUAUCUGCAAUGCAAAAACUAACAAGUUAUUAAAUUUUCUCUACAGAAUAUUUUGUGGGUGAUGACUUAGAAAUCAGUUAUCAACACUUAUGUUAGUUGUGUUUAUGUGUCUAUUGCCAAAUUAUGGAUAAAAUUUUUAUCAUGAAAUGAUUUGUGUUGUAAAUAUUACGUUUGAGGAACACAGUAUAAUGAUUUAUGAAGUGUGUGGUGUCAGUUUGUUCUCAUUGAUGUUCACUAGUUAAUUGUAUGGAACUGAGAGCUUGACAAUCCAGGGUUUGCAUGCACACCCAAAUGCAGGAUACUGCUAGCCUCUAUCAGGCUUCAGAGGUGGCUGCAUGGAAAGAGUAGAAACAGAGCAGAAAAUUGUACUCCU